CGGCGGUUGGAGCUCUUCUCUGAUUGGUCAGCUGUGAGUUCCUGUGCUGUUUAAAUCCCUGUUAGCGCUGAGGAUAAACACAGAGUUCUGUGGGAGUUAAAGUUAAAGUUUACAGUGUAUCUAUCCGGAGGUGUUGAACAUUAGCGCGAUGCGGCGUGACACGUCCUCACACAGACGGAAGCAGGGGACUCCAAAGCGCAGGACUCCACCACGCACACGCAGGAACAGUGGACCUUCAGAGGCGUCACCGAGAAAGAAGCGGAGGUUUCGCCCGGGCAUGAGAGCUCUCAUGGAGAUCCGAAAGUAUCAGAAGUCUACAGACCUUCUGCUGCGUAAAUUACCAUUUUCACGCCUGGUGAGGGAGGUGUGUCAGAUAUUCAGCAGGGAGAACAUGAAGUGGCAGGCCUAUGCCAUCUUGGCCCUACAAGAGGCUGCAGAGGCCUUCCUUGUCCGUCUCUUCUCCGACGCUAACCUGUGUGCGAUUCAUGCUAAACGAGUGACUCUGUACCCUAAAGACAUCCAGUUGGCUCGAAGAAUCCGAGGAGUGGAGAACAUAUGACCUGAUUUACUUCCUGUUUUAACUGCACAUGUGAGGUACUAAUCACAGUUUCCCACACACACUAGUGUUCAGUGGUUAUAAAUGUUCAUUAGCUCCUGCUACGUUGCUCCAGUGCAACAAAUCAGGCAAAAAUAAAAUCUCCAAAUUUAAUUACAUUUAGUGAAUCGAUGAUAACUGAUGUGUGAUGUGAAGAUUACAGUUCAACUUCUGUCAAAUAAAAAUAUUAUAUAACAACAAAGUGUAGAAUUUCUGCAGUUUUACUCUACUGUAUUAAUUGUACCAUAAAAUUAUUACAAAUUAUUUAUUUAAUCCAUGUUUAUGUUCUUUUUUUUUCUCUAUAAAAAAAAUAAUAAAAAAGAUCAUAAACUGUGAUGAAGUUUCUGGAAUAUGAAAGCAGCGUAGUGAGUGGGGAUGGAAUAAUUGUUCAUUUAUUGCUUCUUCCUGGAUGAUUAUGAUGAUGAUGAUGUAAAUGUGACAUGUUCCCUCCUGAGCUGAACACCAGGGGGCGUGAUGGUAUCUAUACACGUGUGUUUGUAUCUUAUGAUUCUCUUAUGAACCUGUGGAGUGUGUUGGGAUUCUUCUUCUUAUUAUUA